AUAGCCAUUGAGAGGCACAAACACAACAUCUUUCAAUGGCAGCAUUCAUCAACGUCCUUGCCUUAGUUCUCUGUCUUGCCCUCUUUUAUGAAGGCAUUGAGAGUUUUGGAUGCAAUCCUGGCAUUGUUAUCAGCCAAGCAAAACUGAACGAAACCAUCAACGGGCAACAAAUAUGGAAUGCAACCGUGGAAAAUACGUGUGAUUGUGUUCAACUUGAUGUAAAACUAAGCAUUCCCAAUUUCGAUUCUGCCGUUAAAGUUAACACUACCGUCAUCUCCCAAUCCCAUGACGAUAUCUAUGACGUUAAUGGAGGCCUUCCUAUUUAUCCACACAGUGGUGUCUUCUUCACUUAUGCUGGCCAAAAUCUCAACGUUACAAUAAAUGAUCAUACCGAUGCUUGUUCAUGAGCAGAUGGAAAAAAUAAUUAAUGUAGAAUUACUUUUUUCUUGAUUUCUAUGCGUUUAUAUUGUAAAAGAAAAAUUAUA